ACAUUACCGUAUUUUGAUCAUUUUAUUUCUGAAGAAGUUAUUCGAAGACAUCAACCAUGGCGCAAGAACCAAAGGUACGUCAUGGUGCCUGUCAAAUUAUAACCUAUGCGAACGCUCGACCUUUACGGCGCGAAUGUGUGGAGUUCUGUUGGCGUUCGUUUUUGUCGUCAGAACAAUUCGGAGGAGGAUGACCGUGUAAAGUUGGUUUGUCUUGUGAUUCUGCAUCACUCCUGCUGAUGACGGCAUGUACUACAGUGGCAUGCGACUUUAUCAACGGCAUGCGCUUGCAACAAAUCGAAACUGAUAUGUAUUAAACAUCGUUUGGUUUUCGUAUCGCUUCACUUUCGUUCGCUUAAAAUUAAAUUCCUUUGCGACACGGCACACCACAAAAGACAUUCGAUUGGUUGCCGGAAGGAACCGAAGCUUUGGCAGAUGGUGAAUACGACGCUAUUGUGCUAGGAACGGGGUUGAAGGAAUGCGUCAUUUCCGGUCUUCUUUCCGUGAAGGGAAAGCGUGUCUUGCAGGUGGAUCGCAAUGGAUAUUACGGUGGUGACGGCGCCUCUUUGAAUCUAACAAACUUGUUUGAAAAAUUUGGAGCCGGGCAAGCCCCCACCAAUCUUGGCGAAAACCGAGACUAUAAUGUCGAUCUCGUUCCCAAGUUUAUCAUGGCGUGCGGAAACCUUACCAAGAUGCUCUUGCACACCAAGGUCACCAGGUAUUUGGACUUCAAGAGUAUCGCGGGAUCCUUUGUCUACAAGGGUGGAAAAAUCCACAAGAUUCCCACGUCUGGUGUGCAAGAAGUUCUUGCAAGCCCACUCAUGACCUUGUUUGAAAAGCGUCGCUUCCGCCAAUUUAUUAUUUAUGUUGAUCAGUACAAAGAAGGUGAUUCCACAACAUGGGAGGGACGUGAUCUCAACACCAUGACCAUGAGCGAACUGUACAAGGACUUUGGUUUACAACCUGAUACGGCACAGUUCAUUUCUCAUGCCAUGUGUUUGAAACUCGACGAAGCUCACAUGAAUGAACCUGCACUGUCAACUCUCAAGGAACUUCAAACUUACAUGUAUUCCUUGAUGAGAUACGGCACGUCACCUUACAUCUACCCGUGCUACGGUUUGGGAGGUCUCCCCGAAGGAUUCUCCAGAAUCUGCGCAAUCCACGGUGGCACCUUCAUGUUGAAUCGUGACGUUGAUGAAAUCAUGUUCGACGACAACGGAAAAGCCACUGGAAUCAUCAGUUCCGAGGAUGGGAAGAAAAUGAUGGCCAAGGCACCCAUGAUCAUUGGUGACCCGUCCUACUUUAGUCAAGACAAGAUCAGACCCACCUCGCAAGUUGUCCGGUGCAUUUGUUUGCUGAGUCAGCCAAUUCCUAAUACAAACGAUAGUGAGAGUGCCCAGAUUGUCAUCCCUGGACCCCAGGUUGGACGAGUAAACGACGUUUUUGUUUGCUCCAUGGGGCACGCCUUGCAGGUAACGUCACSAGGCGUGUACGUGGCAAUUGUUUCCACUAUUAGGUAAGUAAUUUUCUGCSGCUGAUUGAAGUUUACGCAUUUUCGCCAGUGGAAUUGUAAUUGCGUUCAGUCACUUCCGUCMCAUUACAAUCGAAGAAUCCCGCUCAAGACUAAUGAUCAAAURAUAACUCUUCUUUCGUACUGACUCAAUCGCUCCUCUUUAUUUUAGUGAAAAACAUGACCCUGAUCAAGAUUUGGAGCCGGGACUUAAGUUGUUGGGACGCAUUCUCAAGAGAUUUACUAGUGUCUCCCAACAAUACGAACCGGUGUCGGAUGGUUCUGUCGACAACUGCUUCAUUAGCAAGAGUUUUGAUGCGACAUCUCACUUCGAAAAUGACUGCGAUGAUCUCUUGAGUUUAUACAAGCGAGUCACCGGAGAAGAGCUCGAUAUGAACAUUAACGCGGAUAGCGUCGAAGGAGACUACUAAUAGCCGAAGGCACUAUAGUAUAAUAUGUUUUAAGAGUAUGAAAGGUAAAUGAUUAUCGACAACUUCAUACUCUUCAAAUUAUGAGUUUUAAAAACGAAAAAUUUUCUGAUACAGGCGAAAUACAAAAUCACGACACCUCAAGAAAUUAGGCGCUUAGAU